AACGGUAUAGGUCAGUAACAGAUAAAUGAGAUUAUCUUUUUUUGGUAGAGAAUCAAUUAAAUUAUUUUAAAAAUGAUUUAAUUGAUUAUUAGAAACCCUAAUUAUUUGAAAAGAUCCUAAGAUAUUCUAUGCAAAAGCGAAAAGAGAACAAAAAUUAGGGCGAACCGGGUCAUACUCACAGGUGAAGUGAAAGAGAGAUUCUGCGUGAAGGAAGUGCGAAGCGAGUGAGCUUGGAAAUGGCGGAGGAGCAAGCUGAAUUCAGGAUUUACAAUUCGAUGAGUCAGCAGAAAGAGAUCUUCAAAACCAAAGUCCCCGGCAAGGUUUCCAUGUACGUUUGCGGAGUCACUGCCUACGACUUCAGCCAUCUCGGUCACGCUCGCGCCGCCGUUUCCUUCGAUAUCCUCUUCAGGUACCUUAAGCACUUGGACUAUGAGAUUACAUAUGUGCGGAAUUUCACUGAUGUUGAUGACAAGAUAAUAAAGCGAGCAAAUGAGACCGGGGAGGAUCCAUUGAUGUUGAGCAACCGUUUUUGUGAUGAAUACAAUGCUGAUAUGGCUGAUCUUCAGUGCAAGACACCAUCUAAGGAACCUCGUGUUUCUGAACACCUUAACGAGAUAAAGGACAUGAUAACCCAGAUUAUCAGCAAUGGCUAUGCGUACGAAGUUGAUGGCGAUGUUUUCUAUGCUGUUGAUAAAUGCCCAAAUUAUGGUAUGCUAUCUGGACAAAGGCUAGAACAUAAUAGAGCUGGAGAACGAGUAGCUGUGGACUCAAGAAAGCGUCACCCAGCUGAUUUUGCAUUGUGGAAGGCUGCUAAACCAGGUGAGCCUAGCUGGGACAGCCCUUGGGGUCCUGGAAGACCUGGGUGGCACAUUGAAUGCAGUGCAAUGAGUGCUUGUUAUUUAACUCAUAAAUUUGAUAUCCAUGGUGGUGGAAUUGAUUUAAUCUUUCCUCAUCAUGAAAAUGAGAUUGCACAGAGCUGGGCUGCAGACCAUGAGAGCCAUGUCAGUUAUUGGAUGCAUAAUGGGCAUGUCACUAAUAACAAUGAAAAGAUGUCAAAAUCCUUAGGCAACUUUUUCACUAUUCGCCAGAUCACUGAGCGUUACCAUCCACUUGCUUUGAGGCACUUUUUGAUUAGUGCCCAUUACAGAUCUCCACUAAAUUACUCAAUCUCACAGCUGGAGAACUCAUCAGAUGCUAUUUACUAUAUAUUUCAGACUCUUCAAGAUUGUAAAGAUGCUGUAUCACCAUUACUUCAAGGGGAAACUGAGAAGAAUGAAAAGGUACCUCAAAUUAAUGAGGCUGCCAAGGAAUGCAUUAAGAAGUUGAAUGUUGAGUUUCAAACAAAAAUGUCAGAUGACUUGCAGACACCAGUGAUACUAACUGGUGCUCUCCAAGAGGCCUUAAAAUUUGUGAACACUUCUUUAAAGAUGUUGAAGAAGAAAAUGCAGAAAAGAGCUCAGUUGCAAUUGAUUCAAUCCUUAUUGGAAGUGGAGAAAGAAGUUGGAAAAGUUUUGGACGUCCUAGGAUUAUUGUCCUCUAAAUCUUAUGCCGAGGUUCUGCAUCAGUUAAAAGAUAAGGCAUUGAACAGAGCAGGUCUGACAGAAGAUGAAGUGCUACAUCUGAUAGAAGAACGAACUCAAGCUAGGAUUAAUAAGGAUUUCGCCAAAAGUGAUAAGAUGAGGGCUGAUUUGGCUACCAAGGGCAUUGCACUUAUGGAUGUGGGCAACGAAAUAAUUUGGAGACCAUGCAUCCCGAGUGAACCACUUGUUGCAGAAGUUGUUCAUAGAGACCAGAGGGCACCUACAGUUGAAGAAAAGCAGUCCUCAUCUUCAGUGAAUCAAAAAGUGGAUGAGAUACCUGGCGGUCGAGAAGGGAAUGACCUACAUACAACAACAUGAAGGUAGAGUCAAUGUCCCUCCUUAGCUAUGAUUAAUACAGAAAAUGUUAUAAUAAUUUAUCAAAAUACUACACAAGGCUUGUUGAAGAUUGUAUAUCAGUUGAAGGCUAUGUAUGACCAUACCUAGUUGUCUAGGACGUGAAUCGUGUUACACAUUUCUCAUGUUGGGUCUUUUACGGUCCGGUCUCUGGAGUCUGGAUUAGUUUAACCGAUUUGCAAAUGCAUGAACACUACCCCAUACCGAGAUUUUGUUCUUUUGACACUCAGAUUGGAUUUCUUGCUCUUGCUUUGUACUACAGAAAGCACGAAUAUUUUUUUCAAGAAUCUAGAGUUUGAUUCUCUCUUAUCUGGUUUGUGCUA